AUGCAUAAAGUAGCACUUGCUGUAACAUAUAAUAGCCUUAAGUUAGAAAUGCUAAGAAUUGUCUCUGAAGCUGCUUCAAAAAGCAAUGAUCUUACAAAAAAAAAACUUGCAGACAACUUUAAAGCUUCUUCAAUAUCAGAAGAUAAUGAAAUAUAUUGGGAUAAAAUCUUUAGUAAUAAAAGUAAAGAAAUUAGCCAAAAUCAAACCUAUUAUGUUUCUGAUAAAUAUAAUGUUAUUAUAAUUGAUUCUAGUAAUAAUAAAGAAGACCAUGAUGCAAUUAUUGAGAAAGAUGCAAUUAUUAAGAAAGAUGCAAUUAUUAAAAAAGAUGCAAUUAUUGAGAAAAAUAAAGAAGUUCUUGUUUUUACAAUUGAUUAG